AUGUACUCCAAAACCCUCCUCGCCUCCUUGGCCCUUUUAUCUUCUCUUGUCGCUCCUGCACUCGGACACGGUACUAUCACUGGCGUCUCCGGUGCGAAUGGCGUUCAGGCAGCCGGGUUCGGUAUUCUCGCGUCUACACCUCGUAACGGUGCUCUUCCCAAGCCAUUCGAGCAAGACACCAGUGUUAUUCGAGACAAAGAGAUCCAGGCAGGCACUACAGGCGUUUGCGGCCGUACGAAGGCUGGAGGAAACAACGACGUCGCGACACAAUUGGCUAAUGCUUCAGCCGCUGGUCUACCAACCGCGGGCGCAGACGGAUCCGUGCAAAUGACCCUCCACCAGGUCAACCAGGACGGCGCUGGCCCGUAUACUUGUGAAUGCUCUGCAGACGGUACAGGAGCCGACUUUGUCCAGAUGGAUGUGACGACCAAUGUCCCAGGUGUGGCAGGCCUCAGCCUUGCCGCCGCAAAGGACUUCGAUCUCGUCGCUCAGAUACCAGCUGGUGCCAACUGCACUGGUGGCCCCAAUGGAGACGCGUGCCUCGUUCGCUGCAGAAACCAAGCUCUCGCUGGCCCCUUCGGCUCAUGUGUUGCCGUUGGCAACUCGGGUUCCAGUACAAGUACAUCCGCCGCUGGUGCUGCAGCAAGUAGCGUCGCCGCGAAGCGGGAGCCCGUGAAGCGUGUUAUCCAUUCUCGUGUCGCGGGUAAGCGGGCUGGGUACUGGAUUGAUGUAUGAGGUGUCACGAUUUGGACAAUUUCUUUCCUUGCGGACAACGGACUGAGUCGUAGAGGACUGUAGCAUGGUUAUGGGUUCAUCUUGGUAGCUUUUGUUUGGACAUUUUCUUUGGCUCGUAUGCGUUGUUUGUGCUUCAUUCAAUACAUAGGUGGCGUUUGGC